GAUGUCUAAAAAGAGAACGGUAGCAGAAAGGUAAACCGACGCAUAGAAGUGUAAUAUUUUCAGAAAAUAUUCAAAUGAGUGACUCAGAACAACAAGAGACUGAAACCGCAGUCUCUCAACCUCAGUGGCCAGAGAACGGAGGCCAAUGGAGCGAUGAAGAAGGGGGGGCAGGCAUGGACGAGUGUGGAUUGGCAGAGAUGGCAGAGGAGGAUGAGGAAAUAGAUAUCUACAACAAUGAGACGUUUGGAAUGGAUAUGGAUACAGAAGUGGGGGACACGGAAGAGGAGCCCACCAACCCUCUGUUCCAAUUUGGAGAGAAGCCACCUGCCCCACCUGUCUUGCCAUCCCUCUCCCCCAGCUCCCCCUCCUUCUCUCCCAGGACCCUGCCACAACUCCGGGUCCAGGGCCCACCGGGCCGACGAGGAAGGGGACAGAGGGGAGGUCAGGCCAUGGCGCAGAUGUUUGAAGACCCAGCUGUGGUGAGGACUGUGGAGGGGCGACCAAGUUUGCAGAGCUUGGACAGCGCUAUAGUGGACGUUGGGAGCGUCUCCUACUGGGAUGAUCUAGAUCCAGAUGCUUGGAUGUUAUCAUCUUAUGAGAGAACCAGACACGCCUCUGGAUCAGUAUUGCAGGACCCGGCCAUUGUGUGUGUGAUGGACAGUCAUGCCCCUGGCAGAGGACCGAACUACCUGGACUCUCACUACCCGUUCUCCAACUCAAGUGGGAGGAGAGGGGGCUUAAGAGGGUCAUACUCAAAUAGACCAUUUGGGCAAAGAUGCCCAUCUCAGAUUAACACCAUGUUGCCCAGCUCUCCCAUCAUCUCCCGAGGACCUUUCACCACACAACAGCCAUAUAACCAGGCGGGGGGCUUCCUCUCGCCCUCACCACGUCCCUGCCCCUCCACCCCUCAACCUCUGACCCCGAAAAUGAUGCAGCUUCGCUUUGGUGCAAACUCCCCAAGACCCUCUCCCUUCUACAGCCCCUCGUCAAAUCGUGUGCAGCGAUUCAGGUUCCCUGGUCCAGUGACACAGCUUCACCCCCAACACAGACGACUGUUGAGUCAAAGGCAACAGAGAUCCCAAAGAAAACCAGACAGCUGGGACCCCUACUGUAACCUCAUGUCGGCUAAAGAGAAAGAGUGGAUCAUUAGACUACAGAUGAUUCAGCUCCAGAGCGAGAAUCCCCACCUGGACGACUACUACUACCAGGAGUACUAUCGGCGAAUGGAGGCCAAGCUGGCAGAGGAGGAGUUGGGCAUGCGAGGCAAGAGGGAGCCGCCCAAACUCACCACCCCCUACGUCACCAAGAUGGACUCUUACACCCCAGUGGUGCACAUCGAGGGUUCCCUAGGCCAGGUCGCCGUGUCGACGUGUUUCUCUCCUCGACGAGCAAUCAAUGCAGUUGCAGCCCACUGUCCACACGAGGAACUAAAAGACAUCAGGCAACAGCGAUUAGACGUCCUAAAGAAAAUAGAAAAGUUGUUCAUGGUGCUGCUGGAGGUAGAAGAGCAGCAGAGGAUGAAGGCACAGGUGCUGGGGGAGGGUGAGGAGAAAGGGCUGAUGGAGAAAACUGAGAUAAAAGUGGAGUACAUCUAUUCCCAGCUACAGCAUCCCGACCUAGAGGCAGGGGAAGAAUUUCUGCCAUGUCUCCUGGUGUCCAAAGGAAAGCAGCUACUGGCUCGACUCCUCCCCUUCCUGUCCCAUGACGCCGCGUUGAAAGUCUUAAGCAUGGUGACUUCUCACCUGCCUGUACUCAUGAGCAGAGACGCAGAUGAGUCUCUUCCGGUUUUGUACCCAUCUCUUCGAAUUGUGAUCGGAGGCAUGACCUUCAGUCAGCUUAUUGGGGUCCUUAAAGACUUUACGGCAUCACUUCCCGACUCCAGCGGUGGCAGCAUGUGCCUCUCUCUUGUUUGCCAAAGCAAGUUUGGGCUCUCCUUACUCUACGCCCUGCUGUCCCAAGGAGAGAGGCUACUGUCCUCUGAUGUUCCUCUGGAGCCCAGCAUUGGUGACUUUGAAACCUGGACAGACACAGUCUUCCUGGUGGCAUCGCAGCUAUCCCAGACUGCUCUGGUGGAGCCCCUUCUCCUACCCUCAAACCUUCUCACACUCUUCUGCCGCUACCUGGACAAGCGUACCAUCCACCAGCUGAAGAGCAAUAUGGAAUCUGCGACUGGAUACCUGGCUCUUCCGUCGUAGUAGGCAAGGACAUCUGAAGCAGAGACUGUGUUUUGGCUAAUGUACAGAAUGUAAUGAGCACCAAAAUGAAAACGAGUGGGCAUGCAUACCCUGAGGUAUUCCCUCGGCAUAGACGUACCACAUUAUGGCUGCAUUUACACAGACAGCCCAAUUCUGACAUUUUUUUUCAAUAAUUGGUCUUUUGACUAAUCAGAUCAGC